AUGACAACCGUAAAUGAGGGAAAGCUGGGCUCGGAGCACCGUGUGGAGCCGCUCGAGUCUCAAAAACCCAUGGUGGAGAAUAUCGAUGAUGACCCCGUCUACUCGUAUGCGGAGCAGAGGAAGAUCAUCCGUCGGGUGGAUAUUCGUCUCGUGCUGAUGCUGGGGUUUCUUCAUUGCGUUUGCUUGAUCGACCGUGGGAAUAUUGGAUCGGCUAAGGUUGCAGGAAUGUCCAAAGAGCUAAAGUUGAUCGGCAAUCGUUACAGCGACAUUGCCGUAUCCUUCUUUCCACCUUAUAUUUGUUUACAAGCUUUGGGUCCUAUACUGAUUCGCAAGAUCGGGCCUGUCAACUACCUAUCGGGCGUCUGCUUUAUCUGGGGUGCUGUCAUGUUGUCUGCCGGAUUCGUGAAGAAAUGGGAACAGAUGAUUGGAAUCCGCAUUAUCAUUGGCGCCCUUGAGGCGGGGUUCUUUCCAGCUUCGGUCUAUUUGAUCUCUACCUGGUAUACUCGAUAUGAUAUUCAUAAACGAUACGCUUUAUUUUAUCUACUGGGAUGUGUGGCAUCUGCCUUUACCGGUAUCCUGUCCUACGGAAUAACAUUCAUGAAUGGACUAGGCGGCCUGACGGCCUGGCGAUGGAUCUUCAUAAUUCAAGGGCUUCUUACCUGUAUCGUCGCAGCGAUUGGCUGGUUUGUUCUCAUCGACUUCCCGGAUCGAAUGAAGACCAGCUCUCGCAAAUUCCUGUCCGAUAACGAAUACGAAUUUAUCAUGCGGCGUAUUGAAAAGGACCGAGCCGAUGUCGUCCUUGAGCCUUUCAACUUGAAGAAGUACUUUGCAGCAGGUCUGGAUAUCAAUAUUUGGGUCUUUGGAUUUAUCUAUUUUUCAUCAACCACGACAGCAUACGCUAUCUCAUACUUCCUGCCAACCAUCUACCAAGAGGGGAUGGGAUUUUCUCAAGGUGCUUCUUUGUGUCUUUUUGCGCCUCCUUAUGCAGCCGCUGGCAUCCUCAUGUACGCGACUUCGUGGGUUGGGGACCGGUAUCAUAUUCGAGGUCCCAUUUUGAUUUUCAAUGCGCUCAUAACCAUUAUUGGGCUUCCACUAUUGGGUCUCACAAAAGGAAAUGCAUCUCGUAUGGUGGGGGCCUUUCUCACUACCAUGGGCUGCAAUGGGAAUAUUCCAGCGGCGAUGGCGUACCAGGCGAACAAUAUUCGUGGUCAAUGGAAGCGAGCUUUUGCCAGUGCUAUUUUUGUUGGGCUUGGUGCUUCUGGGGGAAUGACUGGAUCCCUGGUCUUCCGAUCCCAAGAUGCACCCGGAUACCAUCCUGGAAUUCUCACUUGCCUUGGAUUAUCAUAUGAAGCAAAGCCAACAUGUGAUCGCUGCCUCAAGGCGGGCAAAGAGUGUGAGGGUUAUGUACAGUACAUUGAGUUCCAUGAUGAAGCCUCUCGAAUGGCCAAAAAGCGAUCUUCCAAGCAAAAUGCGCCCGUUCAACUACCUAGUCCGGCAUCAACCGUCAGCCUUUCGCGGUCGGACCAAUCAGUCACAGAUGUCCCAUUUAUGCCUUUGAUGCUGAAUCCGGUGUGGGAUGAGCAUAGCUUUUUUACGAUAUAUUUGAUCGAUAACCUUUUUACGUGGACUGAGGAUACUUCCUCGGCCGGUUGGGUGUCGAUGCUCAUGCGCCCGCCGGAUAGUAAGGGCGCCCUAUCAUCGUCCUCGAUCUAUGCAUUGGCGGUAUCAUAUUUUGCCAAGGUGAAUGGUCAUUCGACUUUGCUGCAGAAGGGUGCGCGACUAUAUUCGCGUGCCCUCGCAGCGUUGCAAAAUGAGUUAAAUUCAAAGCGUGUUGUGGAGGACGAUGUGUUGCUUGCUAUUAUUUUCAUGUCGGUGUAUGAGCUGGUCACUGUGACAGAUCCAUUCGCUUGGAUCAAUCAUUGCAAAGGACUAGCUCACCUCACUGCUAUAAGGGGGCCAUAUCGCCACCAGUCAGGGGUGGGCCAAGAAUUACUUCGCUCAUUAAGAUCAUUUAUUGCAAUCGCAUAUAUCAUCGAUCGGAAACGAUGUUUUUUUGAAACGCCCGAAUGGAAAACCAUUCCCUGGGCUCUACAGGGUUUAAAUUCCAAGACCCCGACAGAAAAGCUACACGAUUUCCUGGUUGAUGUCCCUGGUAUUCUUGAAGACAUGGAGCGCCUUUUAUCAUGGAAAUCAGAUGUACCUGGACGGGAAGAAUUCGCCCAAAGUCACUGCCAACGCACAUUCAUGACACUCCAAGGGCUUUAUGCAUGGCGCUGGGAGUGGCAACGUGAAUUUCCCAAUGCUACAUACCCCAUACGACCGGCUGAUCUCCACCCCGAGGACUUUUCUCUCCUACCUUCAAGUCCCUUCGAAACAGUCAUUUGGUUCACUGAACCCUCUCGCGCUACAGAGCUCAUCGGGUAUAAUGCAGUCUGGUUGAUCGUAACAAUGGCGCUUGAAAAGGCAGGUGUUGAUAUAGAGGUUUCUCAGUCAUUGUCUGAGGUUAGUGAUCCUCUCCUGCCUAUGCAGGGGAACCGACAUGAUGUCGCAGUUGAAAUCUGUCGGAUGUCGAGCUUCCAUUUGCAAAGUUUCCACCAGAGCUCAGGAGCUAUAACGCUUCUUUUUCCUCUGAAUGUGGCCCUUUUUCAUCUAGAUGGUGAUAAAGGCGGAGUUAAGCCAUGGCUUCAGAAUGUUCUGGCGAUUAUUGCCGAUAGGCAUGGAUUUGAAGUUGGGCGACGAGAUUUCAAGUCAAUGGUCAGGAAGCGCCAACAAAGUCUAAGUAGAUAA